GCAGAGCGGUGUGGGUGGGAGAGCAAUAAACUCUAAGCAGAGCAGGUGACGGCUGUUACAACCAAGAAGGACCUUCUCCCACCCUGAGCAACCAUGAAGUCCAGCUGGAUUGCUGUGUCCGCAUUCCUCCAGGCUCAGGUCUCCCUGACAGAUGCACAAGUCUUCGGAUGGACGGACCCUCGUAUCUGUUACAUCUUGGACGGCAUACUGUUUAUUUAUGCGAUCAUUAUUACAGCACUGCUCUUCAGAGAGAGGUUUGUAAAGAGGCCUCCUGUGCCAGGUGAAGAAUCAUACAGCGAUCUCAAGUACGGUGACCAGGGCGGUUACGAUAAAAUGAACCUUGGUGCGAAUGCACAAACAAGAGGAAAGAGAGGGAACGCGAAGGCCCAGGACAACUCUGUCUACCAUGAUCUUCAGAAAGACAAGCGCAAUGAAUCAUACAGUGAUAUUCGAGUGAAAAAGCAGCCAGUAAAAAAGGGGAAAGGAAACGAAGCCCUCUACCAGGGCUUAAGCGGAGCCCAGAGAGAUACAUACAACGUGCUGCAGAUGCAGCCACUGCACUGACGGCGCGGUGCACUGCGUGGAAGACGUGCUGGAUACGGGUGGGAUUCACGAGGCCACAUCUCUAACCAGGAGGACACUCUCUGAACCAUAGAUCAGCCAUUUACCUGCUUCUUUCUUUACGUCAUUUAACAGACUGAGCAACGGGCAACGUUCAGCAACGCAACAGGCACGUGUGGAGGAAAGACUGGUUCUCCGCGGCAGAUGCCUGAAUAGUCUUAUCUAGGUGGCUGCCACUUUGCCACCAGCAUUAGAUGAAUCCAGGAAAUGAAAAUGUAUUUAAUCCAUGAGCGUUCUGUAGCGAGAGACAAUGACUUCUGUGCUUCAUUUUAUUUCAACUUAAUAAUUCAUACAGUAUGCUUAUUGUGUUGUUGUGAGUGUUAAGGUGCCUAUACACUAGUGCCAUUUGGGCCCUUUUCAUCCGAUUUUGACGCAUUGGUCCGAGAAAUCAGGUGAAAAGUGGCAAAUCCCAUGUGAAUCAGAUCCGAUGCACGGCCCCCUGCUCAUCUGAUCGGAGCCUGCAGAUCGCAAGGGCUGCACUACAGAUUUCUCGGAUCCGGCAGCCUUGGCUGGAAUCGCAUACAGUAUGCAAUCCUGCUGAGCAGUUCAAGGGAGAGGUAUGCGACUUCUUCCCUCAGAGAGGUCGCAGUAGUGUACGGGGACCUUUGCACUCCUCCUCUAUGGAACAUUAGUUGUCAGUUUGUGCAUGUCAGCUCAGGGGGGGUAAUUCCAAGUUGAUCGCAGCAGGAAU